AUGGCGGCCGAGCUGAUGGAAAUCUCGGCCUGGACCAGAGGCGGUGCGCCCCGGCCGGAUGUGCUUCGGUGUGGCUCGCGCAGCCGCCUUACAAGACAGCUGGGUCUUGUCCGUAACCCCGGCACCCGGGUCCUCCACCUCGGACUACCAAGCCCAAACUACAGUUGA